AUGACCACCGCCUCCUCGGAGUUGGGUAGCUCGGACAUGCUCCUUCACAUACUUGCUGCAAUUAUCCUGCUUCCAACUGAUGGUCCACGCUCUCCUAACUUCAUUCAGCUAUUAUUCAGAGAAUUUGGAUUUCAGAUACACAAUUUAGCUCACAGAUUGCAAACCAUGCGCAACAUUAUCUGGAUGGAACCUCUUGAACAUGUUGAUCUAUUUGAUCGAGAUAUUUGCCUAUCCCAUUCCACAUAUUCCACAUUUACGGAUUUCGUUUUUGAUCAGUCUUGCUCAAACACAUUCUUCAUCGACAAGGACUAUCAUAGCAACUUUCUUGCCCAUAGAUGCCUCUGCCUUCUUCAGUCAGACGAGGAUCGUCAAAAUUCCAUUUUGUACAGAAAUUGGGCUCGCAUCUGCUCUGUCGUCGACAAUCCUAGUCAGGAGUUGUUGUCCCAACUUUCUAAUGUGGAGCUAGGUGAUCUAAUCGAAGUCGACUCAGAGGAUCCAUACAAUUAUUGGUCCCGUUGGAUCUGCAAUUUCCAUAUCACAGUCCGCUGUAACUUCGAAACUAUCUCAUCCUGGCUAAAAUCUCAAGCUUCGGAUGGCAUAGCUCUUCCUACUAAUCUUAUUGACCACUUUGAUAGGAUUUACGAAAAAGGUCUUCACAUUCGAAGCAGGAGUGAUCUCGAUCCAGCGGUCCGCGAUUACAUGCUGAUCAUCCUCUCGAUCGCCAUUUGGAAGUGGUCUUCUUCACCAUGGUAUCCAAACUAUUCAACUGCGAUAACGCAUUUAUGCCGCAACAUGAAUUUAAGUAUUGGCCUGGACUAUACCAGGAGUGAAUUGCGCUCAAUCGCAUUCAAGUUUUGCAGAUGUUCGACGGGGUCCGGCUCUUUCGAUUCCGAAUGCAUACUGUCUCCGAUUGUGGGUGCAACAGAUCUGUACCACGUGAAUAUCCAGGCUGGUUGUGCGCAAAUCUUGAAAGCGCUUCAAACUGAUUUGCAGUCAACAUCGUCACUUUAUCAUGUUACUCAUGAUCUAGUAUUGGGAGUUCUAACGACAUUGACACAAUGUACUCCCCGGCUUGAACUCCUUCCCUUCUGUCAAAUAGUUUUGGAUGUCAUUGGUAGGAUACAAGGUCAUAUUUGGCGAUUGCAGGAGCACUUAGACGAGCUGAGUUCAUGGCUUGAGUCCUUCCCUACCGAUUACGCCAAUGAAACUGAAACCUUGAAGAAGUAUAUCAAAGAUCUCGUGUUAGAACGUCAAAACUUGUCAAGCCUCUAUACUAGUGUUAGUACAUUAUAG